GAUCUAGUGUUACCGCUAAUUCUGGAGCUCCGAGGAGCCUCUGUUUUCUCAAUACAUUGAGCCGAAAGGAAACAGCCCGUUUGUUUUCUCUUAAUCUCUGUGUAAACUCGGCAGUGUUGUGUGUCAUAAUAAGAGCGGGCCACUUUCUAACCUCGCUUUUUAUCGCGGCGCUAAUACUGUUUGCAUACUAAACACCCGGACAUCUUGCGCCGACCUCGCUAUGUGUUAGAGUCGCCGGGUCUCCAGGAUGCACACUCUGUUCGGCGACCAGAAUGACUACCACCGGUACUACCAGAGGGCGAGUGGGUACCCGGGUACCCCGAUGGGUACUCCGUACUCCGGGUACGAACAGUACCCGCGGUUCGGGUACACGACACCGUACCCGCACCAGCAACCACUCCACGGCCCCGCCAAGGACAUGGUGAAGCCGCCGUACUCCUAUAUAGCCCUGAUCGCCAUGGCCAUCCAGCACGCCCAGGACAAGAAAUGUACUCUGAACGGCAUCUACCAGUUCAUCAUGGAACGCUUCCCCUACUACCGCGAGAACAAGCAGGGAUGGCAGAAUAGCAUCCGGCACAACUUGAGUCUCAACGAGUGUUUCGUCAAGGUGCCCAGAGACGACAAGAAGCCCGGUAAGGGGAGCUACUGGACCUUGGACCCCGACUCGUAUAACAUGUUCGAUAACGGGUCGUACCUCCGACGUCGGAGACGAUUCAAGAAGAAGGACGCCCUGAGGGAGAAAGAAGAGGCCCUGAAGAGGCAACAGCAGCAGGUGGAGGCUCAGAUAACCAAGAGGAACGAGGAGAAGCUCACCAUCGCGGAUCUGAAACCGAAGCCUCUGGAGUGCAAGCCGAAGAGAGAGCCUCCGGCGACCCUCACCUCCUGCAUGAGUGUGAGUGCCAAAUACUCGGGGCAGGACAUCAAGCCCGGGGUCGGCAUGUUGGAGCAGCAGAGUAGACUACUGGAGCAGAUGGGGGAGGUACCGUUCAGCGUGGACUCUCUGAUGACCGGCAGCCAGAGCUACGGCAGGGUGCCCGCCACGACGCCGGUCUACAGCUACCACUGCGCGCAAUACGAACACUCGGAGGCUCCUGCGGUGCAACAGUUCGCGGCCCCCACAGGGAGACACCCCGCCUGGUACAGCAGCGACCCCGCGGAGCUCUUCGACCCCGUGUCGGUCCCCAACCCCAGCUGUCAGCUCGGGUUCCGUGCCACGUCGUCCUACUACCACCAAGAGACUGCGAAGUACUGACGCCCGGAGCUGUUCCGCUAGGACGAGGUAAGGGAGGACAGUGCCAGUGCCGUGCUGCCGUACGCUCAGAUAUACGAACACUUUUUGAUACGGGAUAGCUACGCGGAACCCAGUUGCCUGUAAAUGUGUUUCGACAAAUGUCCAAUUUAUUGUAUUGUGUAUAACAUGAUCACACUCACUAGCAGAUGUAGGCUACCACAUUUAGUUUCUUAACAAGUUUUCAAAACCAAUUCAAAAGUUUAAUUGACAGUUUCGUUGAUAACAAUUAGAGUUUAACAUUAAUUUGUAUGGUAUAAAUUUUAGUUUUAGCAGAAUAUUAAAUUAGUUAAAAGUUCUCUAAACUCUAAGAAAAAUUGAUAA